GUCGCCAUCUAAUCUUCAAUCAUGAAACUUUGCCAGAACUCCACUUAGAAAAACGUAAUAUUCCCUUACUGCACCAUAAUUUUUUUAUCAGUUUGAAAUCCUUCAUCUUUUUGCCAGAGAUUAUCCAAAGAAUAUCGGAAAAAAGGAUUAUAACAGUGGUGACGAGGUUUUACCUCAAAUCAAAUUCCCAUCUUAAAUACUUUCAAAAUUCGACUUUUGGAAUAAUAAGGCAAACCAAAAGGAAUUUCUUCAUGCAAACUAGAGUGAGCCAAAAGAAGAAUUAUGUGGCAGUCGAAAUACCUAAAGAGGCAGAAAUACCACCUAAAAAGCGAAUAUGGACGAGGUUUAGGAGAAAACAGGAAGUUGAAGCGGAAAAAUCUAAUAACGUUACCUUGAAGAAAACCGACCUAAAGAGGCUAUUGUCAUUAGCGAAGCCAGAAAAAUACUAUUUAAUGGGUGCAAUUGGAUUUUUAUUAGUUUCUAGUACAGUUACAAUGGCUGUGCCUUUUAGUAUAGGAAAAGUAUUAGAUAUUAUUUAUUCAACUAAUAAAGACACAGAAGAUGCUAAGUUACAACUUAAUCAAUUGUGUGGUAUAUUAAUUUGCGUUUUUGGUGUUGGUGCUGUUUGUAAUUUUGCAAGGGUUUAUUUAAUGUCAUUAUCAGGCUAUAGAAUGACCCAAGCUUUAAGGAAAAAUGUAUUCAAUUCAAUACUUCGGCAAGAGCAAGGGUGGUUUGACAAGAGGUCAACGGGUGAACUAGUUAAUCGUUUAUCUUCUGAUACGCAAAUUGUUGGACAAGCUUUAUCCUCUAACAUUUCUGACGGGUUGAGAUCCGUUGCUAUGGUGUGUGCUGGUACUGCUAUGAUGUUCUACACUUCAGCAGAAUUAGCAUUUGUUGGUUUAGCAAUUGUUCCUCCAGUAGCAGGUGUGGCUGUAAUUUAUGGUAGAUAUGUAAGGAAAAUUACAAAAAGAGUGCAAGAUACUUUAGCUGAUUCAACGAAAAUUGCCGAAGAACGAAUCGCAAAUGUUAAAACAGUGAAAAUGUUUGGACAUGAAUCGAGAGAAAUGCAAACUUAUGAUCACUCUAUCCUCAAUGUGUUGAGAAUUGCCUAUAAAGAAGCAAAAGCUAGAGCUCUCUUCUAUGGAAUGACAGGUUUGACUGGAAAUAUGAUCAUUAUUUCCGUUCUCUAUUAUGGUGGGGUUAUGGUAUCGUCGCAAACUAUAAGUGUGGGACAGUUAUCAUCAUUUCUGUUAUACGCAGCAUAUAUCGGAGUUUCUAUUGGUGGACUGUCGAGUUUCUAUUCAGAAUUGAAUAAAUCAAUUGGAGCUGGUAGUAGGAUAUGGGAAAUUAUGGAUCGAGAACCUGCAAUUCCACUUACAGGUGGUAUCACCCCAUUGGAAUUGCCGAAAGGUAAAAUAGUAUUCCGAAACGUGGCUUUCACUUAUCCGUCCAGAGAGGAUAUUCAAAUUUUCAAAGAUCUAAGCUUAGAAAUCGCUCCGGGGACUCUGGUAGCUGUCGUAGGUCCUAGUGGUUCAGGUAAGAGCACUUUGGCUGCUCUGCUAUUAAGGUUGUACGACCCAUCUAAAGGCACCAUCUUUCUUGACGAUUACGAUAUACAACAAUUGGAUCCUGUUUGGCUGAAAAAAUUCAUUGGAACUGUAGCUCAGGAGCCAGUAUUAUUUUCGACCAGUAUAAAAGAUAAUAUUUUAUAUGGCGCUGAAGAUCCUUCGAAAGUUACAGAAGAAAGACUUCUAGAGAUAUCUAGGGAAGCUAAUGUACACGAAUUCGUCCAAAACUUACCUCAGGGUUAUGAUACAUUGGUUGGAGAACGAGGUAUUAUGCUUAGCGGAGGACAAAAACAGAGAGUAGCCAUUGCUAGAGCUUUGAUCAAGGACCCCAAAAUAUUGCUUUUAGACGAAGCUACAAGCGCCUUAGAUGCCCAUUCGGAGCAUUUGGUCCAGGAAGCACUAGAAAGGGUUAUGAAAGGAAGGACAGUACUUACCAUUGCACAUAGGUUAUCUACAGUACAAAACGCAGACACAAUAGCUGUCUUGAAAGACGGUAAGAUAGUGGAAAAAGGUACUUACCAAGGCUUACUAAAUUUAGACAAAGGAGUUUUCAAAGAGCUUAUGAAACAUCAAACUUUUAAAGCCGGGCAAUAGUAAAUUUUAUAAUUUAAUAGGUUUUUGAGAUUAUCUAUUGUUAAUAAAUAUUGUUUUGCA